AUGCAAAAGGAUAGGCUAGAGAGUCAUGACUUAAGGCAAAAGUUUAUCAACAUUGUGUUAAUGGGAACACCAGAGGCAGAGUUUUUUACUGAGUAUGGAGAGGCGAGUAGGUAUGACAUCCUAGAAGUGAUUGGAAAAGGGAGUUACGGUGUUGUGUGUUCUGCUGUUGACACUCAUACUGGGGAAAAAGUUGCAAUUAAGAAAAUCAAUGAUGUUUUUGAGCAUGUGUCUGAUGCCACACGGAUCUUAAGAGAAAUCAAACUCCUUCGAUUGCUUCGACACCCUGAUAUAGUUGAAAUUAAGCAUAUAAUGCUUCCUCCCUCACGACGAGAGUUCAGGGAUGUCUAUGUUGUGUUUGAGUUGAUGGAGUCUGAUCUUCAUCAAGUGAUUAAGGCAAAUGAUGAUCUUAGCCCUGAGCACUAUCAAUUUUUCUUGUACCAACUUCUUAGAGGCCUGAAAUUUAUACACACAGCAAAUGUGUUUCAUCGUGAUUUAAAGCCAAAAAAUAUUCUAGCUAAUGCUGAUUGCAAACUAAAAAUAUGUGAUUUCGGACUUGCUCGAGUUUCAUUUAAUGAGGCUCCAUCAGCUAUAUUCUGGACAGACUAUGUUGCAACCCGGUGGUAUCGUGCACCUGAACUAUGUGGUUCUUUUUUCUCAAAAUAUACCCCCGCAAUUGAUAUUUGGAGCAUUGGAUGCAUAUUUGCAGAAAUGCUCAGUGGGAAGCCAUUGUUUCCUGGAAAAAAUGUGGUGCACCAAUUGGAUCUCAUAACUGACCUGCUUGGUACUCCUCCUGCUGAAACCAUUGCUAAGAUUCGAAAUGAGAAGGCUAGAAGGUACCUUGGUAGCAUGAGGAAAAAACAACCUAUUCCAUUCACCAAAAAAUUUCCAAAUGUAAAUCCAUUGGGUCUUCAUUUGCUGGAGCGAUUACUUUCAUUUGAUCCUAAAGAUCGUCCAGCAGCUGAAGAGGCACUAACUGAUCCUUAUUUCCAUGGUUUGUCAAAUGCGGACCGUGAACCGUCCACUCAACCCAUUUCAAAGCUCGAGUUUGAGUUUGAGAGGAGAAAAUUGACCAAAGAUGACGUUAGAGAGUUGAUUUAUAGAGAGAUUCUAGAGUAUCAUCCUCAGAUGCUCCAGGAAUAUCUUCGCGGUGGAGAACAAACAAGCUUCAUGUAUCCAAGUGGAGUUGAUCGAUUCAAGCGACAGUUUGCACAUCUUGAGGAUUCUGGCAAAGGUGAACGAGGCACUCCAUUGUUGAGGCACCAUGCCUCCUUACCUAGAGAGCGAGUUCCUGAUCCCAAGGAUGAAAAUAAUCAAAACGAUGAUGUUGAAAAUUCAACUGGAGUAAUUGAUUCGAUGGAUUCUGGAAAUCCAGAAGCACAAAAUGGACCCUCCAGGCCAAACUGCAGCGCACGUAGCCUGUUGAAGAGUGCCAGCAUUAGUGGUUCAAAAUGUGUAGAUGUGAAAAAAAAACAAGAUCCAGAGGAGGAGCCACAUACAGAGGUCACUGAAGAGGAUCUGGAUGAGUUGACACAGAAGGUUGCUUCCCUCCAUGCUUAG